GAGCCUAACACACUGAACAUGUCGACCACACAGGACUGGGACUGCAUCGUGAUCGGAGCGGGUGUUCAGGGGUCUUUCACCGCAUAUCAACUGGCAUCAAAGAAAAAGAAGACUCUUCUGCUGGAGCAGUUUGUCCUGCCUCACUCUCGAGGGAGCUCCCAUGGUCAGACCCGUAUCAUCCGUAAGGCCUAUGACCAUGACAUCUACACCCACAUGAUGGAGGAGUCCUAUCAGCUGUGGGCUCAGCUGGAGAAGGAAGCCAACGUCAAACUCUACAGACAAACUGGACUCCUGGUAAUGGGUGCCGAGUGUGGGCACGAAUUCCAGCUCAUCAAGAACACCCUGCAGAGGAACAAGGUUCCUACAGUGAUUCUGCCACGUGAGGAGUUCGCCAAGCACAUCCCCAAUGUCAAUCUGUCUGAUGGGGAUGGAGCCCUGGUUGAUGUGACGGCUGGAGUGUUGUACGCAGAUCGUGCACUCAAAACUGUACAGGGGCAGUUUCAGCAAAUGGGUGGAGUUAUAAAAGAUGGACAGAAGGUCAUUAACAUUACGCCUGGCUCUGUUGUGACUGUGUCAACCUCUGGGGGAAAUUACAAAGCCAGGAGCCUGGUAAUAACAGCCGGACCCUGGACUAACACCUUGCUGGCCCAUGUUGGACUACAGCUCCCACUACAGGUGGUUAAGAUCAAUGUCUGCUACUGGAAAGAGAAGGUUCCUGGGUCAUAUAACGUGAAACACCGCUUCCCAUGCUUCAUCCAAGUUGAUUGUAAGGAGGGCAAACACCACAUUUAUGGGCUUCCAUCUAAUGAGUACCCAGGCCUGAUGAAGGUGUGCUACCAUAUGGGCAGUGAGACAGACCCUGAUGAGAGAGACAGACAGACAGACAGAUCUGAUAUCCACAUCCUGCAGCGUUACAUUGCCCGUUGUUUCCCUGGUCUGAUGCCGGUGCCCGCUGUGGUGGAGAGCUGCAUGUACACGGUAACACCAGACCACCAUUUUGUGUUGGACCGCCACCCAAGUUACAGCAACAUUGUUAUUGGAGCAGGAUUCUCAGGUCAUGGUUUCAAGUUUGGACCAAUCAUUGGCAAGCUGCUAUGUGAACUCAGCCAGGAAGAGGUGUCCUCCUAUGACCUGUCAUUCUUCAGAAUUCGGCGCUUCCAGGCACCAUCUAAAUCAGCUCUGUAGAGGAAGGAAGGCUUGUUUUUAUACUCAAAUGGAGUACAAAUCUAUGAUUCAAAUUAAAAGAUUACUCUAUUAAAUAUUACAAAUAUCUGGCAAAGCCAAAUUUAAGUUUUGGCCUUUAACUUAACAAUGAACAAAGUCCAUACCCUUGCAGGCUGCUUGUCCUUCUGCGGAUGCUUAUUAAGUCUAACUGGAUUUUUAGAUUUACAUGCAAGUGCCUGCCAAGAAACAAUUACUGGAGGAGAAAUCUAUCUUAGUCAAUGGCAAAAAAAGGCGAAAAAUGUAUCAAGUGCCGAUUAAAGGGCUCAAACUCAUAUGGAGAAAAUACUUAGGAAGAUGUGUUGAAAGAUAAGUUGCACUCCUGACAGAACAAAUAUCAGUAAGUUGAUAUCACUUUCCUAAUGAAAUGCAAGUUCUUUCUUUUCAGACCUAAUGCUAACCCAAGUAAUUCCAGCCCCAUACCUGUGGCAAUAAAAAUAGUCAUUCAUGU